GAUUUCAUGUCCUCCUGCAGUAACAGACGAUAACAGCAUGAGGGCGCUGCUUGCCGCGGUGUGUGUACUGGCUAUCGUAGCCGUACAACUGUCAUCAGCCAAUCCCACCUGCACGCCACUGUACAGAAAACUAUGCAGAGUUUCCGACUGGAGCGUCUGGAGCCCGAAGGACAACAUCUUCGGCUGCAGUCGGGUCUUCCGAACACGCGAGGUGAUCGACAACCCGCUGGGGAGCACUGCCUGCUGCCCUCCACUGAGGGAGGAGAAGGAACAAUGCGGGAUUCCCACAAAAGAGCAGACAGUCGGGGCCAUGUCCUCGGGCUUCCUGGGCCCUCUCAGCGGAGACGGCUUCCGCAAGGCCGACGGGUCCACCGACGUCAUCGACAUGGUGUUCCUCUUCGACAAGAGCGGCAGCGUCAGGGAGGUGAACUUCAACGACGCCAAGCAGAACAUUCAGGAUCUGAUUGAUAACUUCCCCACGCCCGUGGACCAGGCGAACACCCGUGUGGCCGCUAUCUCCUUCUCAGACGAAGAGAGGACCCGUGUGGAGUUCGACUUCACGCAGACCGUCAGCCGGGACCAAGUCAAGGCCGCACUGGGCAACAUCGAUUACGAAAGAGGUUGGACGGCCACCGGCACGGCUCUGGAGUUGGCCCGUGAUAACGUGUUCCAGUCCGUGGCCGGGUCUCGUGCCAACGCCGCCAAGAUUCUCUUCCUCAUCACGGACGGCAAGUCCAACCGCGGAGCGGCGCCUAUCCCCAUCGCAGACCAGCUCAAGGGCAACGACGUUGAGAUGUUCGCGUUCGCCGUGGGGCCUGAGAACCAGAUUAACGAGGACGAGCUGCGCAGCAUAGUCUCGGAACCCGUCCCCGAACACCUGUUCUACGCCGGCAGCUUCUCCGCCAUGUCCGACGUCUUCGACGACUUCAUCACUAUCCUCAGGGAGAGAUUCGGAGGAGGCUCCUCCUUUUCGACCACCGAUGAUGAGUACGAUUACGACUACGGCUUCUUCCGUCGGUGAGAAGGAACAGAAACAAGAG